CAUCCUGUGAUGUGCAAGAGCUCUCAAGUUGCAUUCACUGCAUAUCAGUGAGUGAUCAUGAAGGAAGGGGAACUCCGUUUUGGUUUGGUUCGGUUCCCAGCUUCUUCCGUGUUUGACAAAGUGAAACUAUUUGACAUUUACUGUCUCUGAGAGGUGAAAUGGCACAGCGAGGAAUUCAGAUGAACCAAGAAAAACUCUGCUGUUCGAUCUGUCUGGAUCUACUGAAGGAUCCUGUCACUAUUCCCUGUGGACACAACUACUGUAUGAGCUGUAUUAAAAGCCACUGGGAUGAAGAGGAUCAGAAGCAAAUCCACAGCUGUCCUCAGUGCAGACACACCUUCAUGCCGAGGCCUGCUCUUGUGAAAAACACCAUGUUUGCAGAUUUAGUGGAGGAACUGAAGAAGACAGGACUCCAAGCUGCUCCAGCUGAUCACUGCUAUGCCGGACCUGAAGAUGUGGCCUGUGAUUUCUGUACUGGGAGAAAGCUGAAAGCUGUCAAGUCCUGUCUGCAGUGUCUGGUGUCUUACUGUGAGCAGCACCUCCAGCCUCACUAUGAAUCCCCUGCCUUUGAAAAACACAAGCUGGUCGGCCCCUCCAAGAAGCUUCAGGAGAACAUCUGUACUCGUCACAACAAGGUGAUUGAGAUUUUCUGUCGCACUGAUCAGCAGUGUAUCUGUUAUCUGUGCUGCAUGGAUGAACAUAAAGGCCACGACACAGUUUCAGCUGCAGCAGAACGGACUGAGAGGCAGAAAGAGCUCGGGGUGAGUCGACAAAACAUCCAGCAGAGAAUCCAGAACAGAGAGAAAGAUGUGACGGUGCUUCAGCAGGAGGUGGAGGCUAUCAAUCACUCUGCUGAUAAAGCAGUGAGGGACAGUGAGAAGAUCUUCACAGAUCUGAUCCGUCUCAUUGAGAAAAGAAGAUCUGAUGUGAAGCAGCACAUCAGAUCUCAGCAGAAAACUGAAGUUAGACAAGUCAAAGAGCUUCAGGAGAAGCUGCAGCAGGAGAUCACUGAUCUGAGGAGGAAAGACACUGAGCUGGAGAAGCUCUCACACACAGAGGACCACACCCAGUUUCUACAGAGCUACCCCUCACUGUCACAUCUCACUGACUCUGAAGACUCAUCCAGGAUCAAUAUCCGCCCUGUGCGACACUUUGAGGAUGUGACUGCAGCUGUGUCAGAGGCCAGAGAUAAACUACAGGACUUUGUUAGUGAUGUGUGGACCAAGAUCUCACUGACAAAGACUAAAGUGGAUGUUUUGCUGGCACAACCUCAGCCCAAGACCAGAGCUGAAUUCUUACAGUAUUCACGUCAGAUCACACUGGAUCCAAACACAGCAGACAGAUGGCUUGAAUUAUCUGAAGGGAACAGAAAAGCAACAGUGAGACAAGCACCAUUUUUAUUGCUAGUUUUCGACAGUCGUUGUCAGGUCCUGAGCAGAAAGAGUCUGACUGGACGAUGUUACUGGGAGGUGGAGUUGAGUGGUGGAACAGUUUCAGCUGCAGUCACAUUUGCACAUAGAAGACCAGUAUGUGAUACUGGAUUUGGGAACAAUGACACAUCUUGGGCAGUAUAUUGUUUGAGUGAUUCUUAUAAAUUCAGACAUAACAGUAUCAUCACUUCCAUCUCAGGCCCUCAGUCCUCCAGAGUGGGAGUGUACCUGGAUCACCCUGCAGGUAUUUUGUCCUUCUACAGCGUCUCUGACACCAUGACUCUCCUCCACAGAGUCCAGACCACAUUCACUCAGCCUCUCUGUGCUGGACUUGGUGUUUAUGGUUAUGAUUCCUCUGCUGAAUUGUGUGAUCUCAAGUAGACAGGUGUUAUAAACAAGACAACGGCUGAGAAUCUACUUUUAGGUAGUAAAGUGCAAAGUGGUUUUGCACUGAACAGUCACUCAAACAGUGUGGGUAUAUGAAGAUAUAUGUAUAUCAAGCAUAUAUGUAUAGAACUUAAAUAUCAGAUGAUCAGAAAUUAACAGAAUCUAUAAGUGUGGGGGUUUCUUUUAAAAUCUAUUAAGUAAAAUAAUAUUGUCGAGCUUAAAUUUUUUUUUCAAUAAUGUUUGUACAGUGGAAAACUUUGAUUAAUUGGAAACAAAAAUUUAAAUUAGACAGCUAUGUAUUUUAGAGUGUUUAUAUAUAGAAAUAAACUCAUGUAAUUAUUGACAUAUAUACGAUUUUUGUGCUGUAAAGUGUUUGAUUUGAGCUCACAGUUGAUCAUAGUUGAUGUUUAUUUUUUAAAAGUGUAGUUAAGAUGUAUAAUUAUUGUUACUAUACUGAUAAUCACUUGUGAAGCAUUGUUGAUUUUCCUCUACAGUGCAGACAUUCUGGUUUAUCAGACUUAAUGUGGAUUAAAUGAAUGGAGAAACUGAUCCAGGAUUUAUUAAUUAGAUCAUUUAAUAAAGUUGAUUUUUCC